GGAGAGCUGUGCGGGUCCUUGGCGGCCUGGAGAGGGAAGGCGGGCGCCACGCACCGGACCGCGGUCCGAGAGCGCGCGCUACGGGCUCUAUUCUUCCUGCUGCCGUUGUUACCGUCUCUGCCCGGGAUUGCUGUAGCCACAGCUACUGAUGGUAUAUCCAUUGUCAGUACUGCCCACUGUAUGCCAGGCUGAUCCAUGGUCACUUUCCGGGAUGGCAGCAAGGUGACUUCAGCUGAGGAUGACCCUGACUGAAAGGCUGCGUGAGAAGAUAUCUCGGGCUUUCUACAACCAUGGGUUGCUCUGUGCAUCCUACCCCAUCCCCAUCAUCCUCUUCACAGGGUUUUGCAUCUUAGCCUGCUGCUACCCACUGCUGAAACUCCCCUUGCCAGGAACAGGACCUGUGGAAUUCACUACUCCUGUGAAGGAUUACUCACCCCCACUUGUGGACUCUGACCGCAAGCAAGGAGAGCCUAAUGAGCAGCCAGAGUGGUAUGUCGGUGCUCCAGUGGCUUAUAUCCAGCAGAUAUUUGUGAAGGCCUCUGUGUUUCCCUGGCACAAGAACCUCCUGGCGGUUGAUGUGUUCCGCUCACCACUGUCCCGGGCGUUCCAGCUGGUGGAGGAGAUCCGGAACCAUGUGCUGCGAGACAGCUCUGGGACCAGGAGCCUGGAAGAGGUGUGCUUGCAGGUAACUGACCUGCUGCCAGGCCUCAGAAAGCUCCGGAACCUACUCCCAGAACAUGGAUGCUUGCUGCUGUCCCCCGGGAACUUCUGGCAGAAUGACCGGGAACGCUUCCAUGCUGAUCCUGACAUCAUCAGGACCAUUCACCAGCAUGAGCCUAAAACCUUGCAGACUUCAGCCACACUCAAAGACCUGCUGUUUGGUGUUCCUGGGAAGUACAGCGGGGUGAACCUCUACACCAGGAAGAGGAUGGUCUCAUACACCAUUACGUUGGUCUUCCAGCGCUACCAUGCCAAGUUCCUGGGUAGCCUGCGUGCCCGCCUGAUGCUUCUGCAUCCGAGCCCCAACUGCAGUCUUCGGGCAGAAAGCCUGGUUCACGUGCACUUCAAGGAGGAGAUUGGUAUCGCCGAACUCAUCCCCCUUGUGACCACCUACAUCAUCUUGUUUGCGUACAUCUACUUCUCCACACGCAAGAUCGACAUGGUCAAGUCCAAGUGGGGAUUGGCCCUGGCCGCCGUGGUCACAGUGCUCAGCUCACUGCUGAUGUCCGUGGGGCUCUGCACACUCUUCGGCCUGACACCCACUCUCAAUGGCGGAGAGAUUUUCCCCUACCUUGUGGUGGUUAUUGGGUUAGAGAACGUAUUGGUGCUCACCAAGUCAGUGGUCUCCACCCCAGUGGACCUCGAGGUGAAGCUGCGGAUUGCCCAAGGCCUAAGCAGUGAGAGCUGGUCCAUCAUGAAGAACAUGGCCACGGAAUUGGGCAUCAUCCUCAUUGGCUACUUUACCCUAGUGCCCGCCAUCCAGGAGUUCUGUCUCUUCGCCGUUGUGGGCCUGGUGUCUGACUUCUUCCUUCAAAUGCUGUUUUUCACCACUGUCCUGUCCAUUGAUAUUCGUCGGAUGGAGCUAGCAGACCUGAACAAGCGGCUGCCCCCUGAGGCCUGUCUGCCCCCAGCCAAGCCAGUGGGGCGGCCAGCACGCUACGAGCGGCAGCUGGCUGUACGGCCGUCCACACCCCACACCAUCAUGCUGCAACCGUCUUCCUUCCGAAACCUGCGGCUCCCCAAGAGGCUUCGUGUCAUCUACUUCCUGGCCCGCACCCGCCUGGCACAGCGCCUCAUCAUGGCUGGCACUGUUGUCUGGAUUGGUAUCCUCGUGUACACAGACCCAGCAGGGCUGCGCACCUUCCUCACUGCCCAGGUGACAGAACAGAGCCCACUGGGUGAGGGUGCCCUGGCUCCUAUGCCUGUGCCUAGUGGUGUGCUGCCUGCCAGCCACCCGGACCCUACCUUCUCCAUCUUCCCACCUGAUGCCCCUAAACUACCUGAGAACCAGACAUCGCCAGGUGAGCCUCCUGAGCAUGGGGGUCUGGCAGAGGGUGUCCAUGACAGCCCAGUCCCAGAGGUAACCUGGGGACCUGAGGAUGAGGAACUUUGGAGGAAAUUGUCCUUCCGCCACUGGCCGACCCUCUUCAGCUACUAUAACAUCACACUGGCCAAGAGGUACAUCAGCCUGCUGCCUGUCAUCCCAGUCACGCUCCGCUUAAACCCGCGGGAGGCCCUGGAGGGGCGGCAUCCUCAAGACCGCCGCAGUGUCUGGCCUCCACUGGGGCCUGUGCUGGAAGGACGCUGGGAGGCCGGGCCCAAGGGCCCAGGCGGGGCACAGGUGCAUGGGGACAUCACACUGUACAAGGUGGCAGCGCUGGGCCUGGCCGCUGGCAUAGUCCUCGUGCUGCUGCUGCUCUGUCUCUACCGCAUUCUCUGCCCGCGCAACUAUGGACAGCCAGGUGGUGGGCCUGGCCGGCGAAGGCGCGGGGAGUUACCCUGUGAUGACUAUGGCUACACUCCACCCGAAACAGAGAUCGUGCCACUGGUGCUGCGUGGGCACCUCAUGGACAUCGAGUGCCUGGCCAGUGAUGGCAUGCUGCUGGUGAGCUGCUGCCUCGCAGGCCACGUGUGCGUAUGGGACGCUCAGACUGGAGACUGCCUUACACGCAUCCCACGCCUAAGCAGGCAGCGUCGGGACAGUGGUGUUGGCAGCGUGUUUGAGGCUCAGGAGAACUGGGAACGGCUGUCAGACGGUGGGAAGGCUGGGCCAGAGGAGUCUGGAGACAGCCCUCCCCUGCGACACCACCCUGGGGGCCGUCCACCACCUUCUCUCUUCGAGGACCAGCCAGACCUCACCUGCUUAAUAGACACUAACUUCUCAACACAGCUGCCACCCUCUGAGCCCACUCAGCCUGAGCCCCGGCACCGGGCCAGCUGUGGCCGCACUGCUCGGGAUUCCCUGGGCUAUGACUUCAGUCGUCUAGUACAGCGGGUGUACCAGGAGGAGGACCUGGUUACCGCUCACACACCAGCCUUGCGCCCACCCUCACCUGCGCCACUGCUGUCCCAGUCCCUGGAGGACGAAGGUGGUUCUCCUGAGAAGGGCUCCCCUUCCCUUGCCUGGGCCCCCAGCACAGAUGGUUCCAUCUGGAGCUUGGAGCUUCAGGGCAACCUCAUCGUGGUGGGACGGAGCAGUGGCCGUCUGGAGGUGUGGGAUGCCAUUGAGGGUGUACUGUGCUGCAGCAGUGAGGAGGUCUCCUCAGGCAUCACAGCCCUUGUCUUCCUGGACAGAAGGAUUGUGGCUGCACGGCUCAAUGGUUCCCUCGAUUUCUUCUCCUUGGAGACCCACACAGCCCUCAGUCCCCUGCAGUUUAGAGGGACCCCAGCACGGAGCAGUUCCCCUGCAUCCCCUGUGUAUAGCAGCAAUGAUGCAGUGGCCUGUCGCCUGACCCACACAGUGCCCUGUGCACACCAAAAACCUAUCACAGCUCUGAAAGCUGCUGCUGGGCGUCUGGUGACUGGGAGUCAAGACCACACACUAAGAGUGUUCCGUCUGGAGGACUCGUGCUGUCUCUUCACCCUGCAGGGCCACUCGGGGGCCAUUACAACUGUGUACAUUGACCAGACCAUGGUGCUGGCCAGUGGAGGACAAGAUGGGGCCAUCUGCCUGUGGGAUGUGCUGACUGGCAGUCGGGUCAGCCACAUGUUUGCUCACCGUGGGGAUGUCACCUCCCUCACCUGUACCGCCUCUUGCGUCAUCAGCAGUGGGCUGGAUGACCUCAUCAGCAUCUGGGACCGCAGCACAGGCAUUAAGUUUUACUCCAUUCAGCAGGACCUGGGCUGUGGUGCAAGCUUAGGUGUCAUCUCAGACAACCUGCUGGUGACUGGUGGCCAGGGCUGUGUCUCCUUCUGGGACCUAAACUACGGGGACCUGUUACAGACAGUCUACCUAGGGAAAAACAGUGAGGCCCAGCCUGCCCGCCAGAUUCUGGUGCUGGACAAUGCCGCCAUCGUCUGCAACUUUGGCAGUGAGCUCAGCCUGGUGUAUGUACCCUCUGUGCUGGAGAAGCUGGACUGAGGCUGGGCAGCAGCAGAGAUCCCACUGGCUAUACCACAGGGGCUGUGUGGAGCCACUACACUGGACCUAGAGUAGGGGGGAAGGAGCUAAGUGUCUUCUGGCAGCUGCUUCUGAACUGUUCUGCCUUCUGACUGUAAUAAUAUUAAAAAAAAAUUUUUU